AACUUUCAAACCUUUACUGUUCAAUGAUAAAAGUAAAAGAGAGCGGCAUGUAGUUGUCACUAUGUUGUAGAUAAUAAUAAACUAUUUGGUUCAUCUGAAAAGUUCGUGUAAGAAAGAACAUAUCUAUCUCUCUGUCUCUCCUCUCGUUGCUUUUUAGAAGAGCAAUGAGUUAUUCUGCAGCCGGACAUGGAAAGCCUGGCUCAGGUAAAAGGAGAAUAAGGGAGCUUUUAACUCAAUCUGAUAACCGAUUCUGCGCUGAUUGUGGUGCCCCUGAUCCUAAGUGGGCGUCAGCAAAUAUUGGAGUGUUCAUAUGCUUAAAAUGUUGCGGUGUCCACAGAAGCCUUGGCACUCAUAUCUCAAAGGUCUUAUCUGUGACAUUAGAUGAAUGGUCAGAUGAAGAAGUCGAUUCCAUGAUCGAAAUUGGAGGAAAUGACUCUGCCAAUUCAAUCUACGAGGCAUUUAUACCUCAUGGUUUCUCUAAGCCUGGACCUGAUGCUAGUCAUGACCAACGUCUGAGGUUUAUCAGAUCAAAAUAUGAGCACCAAGAGUUUCUGAAACCAAGCUUGCGGAUCACAUCCGUGAAGGCCCCUAGCACAAAGAGUUCAUCAUCAUAUCUUUCAUCAAGCCUAUCUAAAAAGUUUAUGGACAGCUUUCGUACAAACUCAUCAUCGCAACAUCCGCAACUUGAAGGAAUGGUUGAGUUCAUUGGAUUGUUGAAGGUGACUCUCAAGAAGGGUACCAAUUUAGCUGUCCGAGAUAUGAUGACAAGUGAUCCCUAUGUUAAGUUGACUCUAGGACAACAGACUGUACAAUCAACUGUAAAGAAGAGCAACUUAAACCCGGUCUGGAACGAGGAACUCAUGCUCUCUGUCCCUCAUGACUAUGGCUCAGUGAAGUUGCAAGUGUUUGAUUAUGACACGUUUUCUGCUGAUGACAUAAUGGGAGAAGCUGGGAUUGAUAUCCAACCACUGAUUACAUCUGCAAUGGCUUUUGGAGACCCUGAGAUGUUUGGAGAUAUGCAGAUUGGUAAAUGGCUGAAAUCGCAUGACAAUGCUCUUAUAGAGGAUAGCAUCAUCAACAUUGCAGAUGGGAGAGUGAAACAAGAGGUUCGGAUUAAGCUUCAGAAUGUUGAGUCUGGUGAAUUAGAAUUAGAAGUGGAGUGGCUGUCUCUUGAGUCUUGACCAAACAAAAUAACAAACUAUAUAUGAACAAAGAAAAUGUUAUUAUGAUUGUAUUUCAUCCCCCUGUUGUAUGAGAGAUUUUGAAAAUUCAAUCUUGAAAACUCUCGUUGGUGUCUUUGUUGUAAUGAUUCUUUUACAAGUUAGACCUUUUGUAU